ACACACGUGACAGGGGUCGAGAGCGUCUUUUUGUUGGUUGGCGGUCAAUCUGAAAUCGGUGAACCGUGGCCUCACUUUGCACCUUUACACAAGACGACAUCAAUCACCCUUUGUCAAGAUAACAGCUCUUGAUAACAAAUAGAUCGACACCAUAUAUUCUUUCAAUCACAGACCCAGACUGAGACCAGACCAUGUUGAAGGUCCCCUCGCGCAGUAAUCGGGCCACUGGCUCCAAUGCUGUGACCAAGGCCGUCAUUUUGGUCGGAGGACCGUCUAGAGGAACUCGCUUCAGACCACUCAGUCUCGAUGUCCCAAAGCCACUCUUCGAAGUCGCCGGCCACUCAAUCAUCUGGCACUGCCUUAAGGCCGUGUCCAAAGUCCCCGAACUCAAAGAAGUGAUUUUGAUCGGCUACUACGACGAGAAUGUCUUCCGUGACUUCAUCAAGGACUCAUCCCGAGAAUUCCCCCAGAUCAAGAUCCAGUACCUCCGCGAGUACCAGGCCCUCGGUACGGCAGGCGGUCUGUACCACUUCCGCGACGCCAUCCUCAAGGGCAAGCCAGAUCGAUUCUUCGUGCUCAACUCGGACGUCUGCUGCUCGUUCCCUCUCGAGGCCAUGCUCAAGCUGUUCGAGGAGAAAGACGCCGAGGCCGUUAUUUUGGGGACCAGAGUCAGCAACGACGCCGCCUCGAACUUUGGAUGUAUCGUCUCCGACGCCCACUCCAAACGUGUGUUGCAUUACGUCGAGAAGCCCGAGUCGCACAUCUCCAACCUGAUCAACUGCGGUGUCUACCUGUUCGCGACAGAGUGCAUUUUCCCGUCGAUUCGGAGCGCCAUCAAGCGCAAGACCGAGCGCCCGCGGAUGAUCUCGUACCCUUCGUCCGAGAACCUGGACACCUCGUACGUCGCGGACCCAGAAGAGGACGGCGAGAAGAACGAAGUGUUGCGUCUCGAGCAGGACAUUCUGUCGGAUCUCGCUGACAGCAACCGCUUUUUCGUCCACGAGACAAAGGACUUCUGGCGCCAAAUCAAGACCGCUGGAUCCGCCGUGCCCGCUAACGCCUUGUAUCUGGCCAAGGCCUUCCAGUCGCAAUCGCCCGAAAUCGCAACGCCGUCCGCCAACAUCGUCCCGCCAGUCUUCAUCCACCCUACCGCCACUGUCGACCCGACUGCAAAACUCGGUCCAAAUGUGUCAGUUGGUCCGAAGGCAAUCAUUGGUGCGGGCGCCCGUGUCAAGGAAGCCAUCGUGCUCGAGGAGGCCGAGAUCAAGCACGACGCUUGUGUCCUGUACGCCAUUAUCGGCUGGAACUCUCGCGUCGGCGCUUGGGCUCGUGUCGAAGGUACCCCGACCCCAGUCACAAGCCAUACUACUAGUAUCAUCAAGAACGGCGUCAAGGUCCAGAGCAUUACUAUCUUGGGCAAGGAGUGCGGUGUUGGCGAUGAGGUCCGCGUGCAGAACUGCAUUUGCUUGCCGUACAAGGAGUUGAAGCGCGAUGUUUCGAAUGAGGUCAUCAUGUAGAGAAAGAACGGUCUCCUCGUGGACUGAUCAUGGAUGGAACAAGGAUGAGCAUUGAUUAUGGCGAACAAUCAGAUUGGCAGUCUUCUGUGCGCAAGGUCUUCAUACUACGGAUGGAUUCAGAUGGGGUCAUAGAGAAAAUCAAUUUGGCUGGUAGUAUGGGUGACAACACAGAGAAAAUACUGUACAUCUUUAGGACGACCGGGUAAUGAAUUGCAGCUGAAUUUCUAGGCUCUCAACCGGCUACCAGUCCCCGUAGC